CCAUCAUAGAAAUUCUAACGGUUUCCAAUGCAAAUACCAUUACAAACCAUCAGCUAACCAUUAAAACCAUUACCAUUAUUGGUUCUUAAUGGUAUCCACUAGACAUAACAUGCCACCAAUAGAAGGCAACAAGUUACCAGUCAAGACCCACAGGGACCAUUACAGUUACAUUAAAAGCAGUAGAAUUCCCCAUAUAACCAUUAUUACACUUACGCUUACACAUUAUUACCACUAUUACAAAUUCUGUGAGGCUUUCUAUUGUUUCUUUCAGCAGGGGCAUGUGUUGAAAGUGUAGUUACACAUAGAUGUAUUUUACAAAACUUGCACCUCGAUGUAUAAACGGUACGUUACAAAACAUUACUUCUGUAUAUGUUUCCUGUCACUUGAAAGUAGAUCUGGUUAUGAUUGAUAUCUUGCUUAUAAACACCCUGGUGGCGAAUGGCGCAACAUGCAUGCGGAAAUUCACAUGAAACUUUUUGGCCGGUGGUUGGUAACAUGCUCUUCAGUUCCCCUCAGCUUUAGCGUGAGAAGAAGAGCUGAAGGAUCUGCACUGAAGCUGCAUGAUGGAUAUAUUGGUGAAAGAAGGCUCGCUGUUUUUACAGGGAGUCAAAUUUGGAAAGAAGAUCUGGAGGAAGAUCUGGGUGAUGGUGUUUAAGCCCAGCCAGGUGGGAAUCGGUCGCAUUGAGAUGUACGACGUGCGGGAAGGCACGGGCGUGUCGGCGAAGCUUGCCAUUCUGAAGAAAACUGAGAAGCGGGUGAUCCGGCUGGCGGAUUGCCUCAGCGUGACGCCUGCGCUGGGUGAAAGUUGCCCGGCAGGCUGCACCGUCUUUUACCUCAACACAGCUCAGCGCAUCUACACGCUGGCAGCGCCGACGCAGGAUGAGUGGGUACCUGCCCUCUGCUCUCUGGCAUUUCAGUGGAACGAGGGAUGUGGUGAGGCCAGGAGAGUGCGAGAAGAUGGUGAUGAUGUCGAUGCGCCCAUGACGGAGAAUGACAUCUACUCGUCUUUGAGUCCAGGUCAGUUCCAGGUGACGGUGGCAAGCUCGGAAGCAUCCAUGCGCUGCUGCAUGUUUGGAUCAUACCUGCUGUCCCCUGAGAAAGAGUCCCUGUGUCUGCUGAACAUGAAGACGGGCCAUGUAGCAUUCUGCUGGCCGUAUCGCUUUCUCCGCAGAUUUGGCCUGGUCAAGGAAGGACUAACUAUCGAGGCUGGCCGUCGUUGCCAAACAGGAGAGGGCCUCUUCAUUUUCCUCUCCAAGCAGGGGCCACAGAUCUAUCGGGCUAUCGAGGAAGCCAUCAUGCAUCAAAGCGUGCAAGACUUGCUGUCCAAAGCUACUGCUCUGCCGCAAGACAAUAUGGACCACCUACCAGUGCAGACAGCCAGUCCAGCACCUCCAAAAAUAGGCAUCUCCCGAAGAAACCUUGCUCUUCCUGCAGUCCCCGACACAAAACCCCCUGCCAUAAGCCCUGAACCUGAAUGUGAUGAAGCGUUGUAUGCCAAGGUGAAGCCUCUGCCCAAACCAAGAAAGAUACCGGCACCUCCACCUUUGCCUGUGUCCAAACUCAUGGCUGAGCCAGAGACAGAGACAAAGCCGCAAGAUUUGGACAUUAGUGACAAGGAACUUGACUGUGCGUCCUGUGACUGGAACCAGAAAGCCCAGUUGAGGCAGGACAGUUCUGACAGUCAGCUGUACAGCACAGUCAGACCUCUGCUACAUACCAGAAGAAAACCCGACAUAGAUACCAACCAAGAGAAUCCUAUAAGCAGCCGACAGUCUCCCGUAUUUGGCUACACUGAAGUCCCGGUCAACUUCAAACAAAUGCUAUCCAAUGUUCUCUUCAAAGACGUGACCAGAAUCGUACCAUCUCCUACGCCCAAAUCAUACAGAGAGAGCUCAGAUCUCUUGGAUGAACCGGAUUACUAUGAGAUCCAGAAAUGAAAAAAACACUAUUAAAAGCAACCCAAACCUAGUGUGUUUGAAAGUUUUGAAGCAACCUGGAUCUGAUUUCCCAGCUUGUAAAGCUUGUAAAGCUUUCAUCCAAAAAUGCUUUUUCUAUCAGGUCUCAAUUUGAUUUAUCUGGUACCAAUGGAAAGAUGGUAUGAAGGAGCUUGAAAUAGUGCAGACUGAUGAUUGAUAAAACACUAUCGUGACAGAACUGUCCUGAUAAUGUCUCUGACUACCAGACACAGCUGUGCUCUGUAGUUUAGUGGCUGUAGGUCAAAGUUUCAUUCGCUGUUAGUCUAAAUGAAAAAGUUUAUACAUUCCUUAUGAUAACAACAUAAAAUCCACCAUUGUAAAGCUAUGCUCACUUUCAGGUAUUUGACAAAAAACGCAUUCCUAUGUGUUUAGAGCUGAUGAUCAGUUUCUCAAAACUGAUGUGAAUGAUCAAACAGUACCUAAGACCAUCCCUAAUUGGCUGAUGUAAGUAUGCAUCAGUGUAUGAUAUGGCCAGAUAUGGACUGUUUCAUUGUCAUUGAAAUUAAUGGUUUGUGAGUGAGUUUGUCAGAAGAUAUUUAUUGCACUCUCCCUGAUAAAAUAGCUUCUGAGUGUUGCUGUAUUAAAGUCUUGGCACCCCUAGCUCUGCUUGGGUCGCUUGCUAUUACUUCUGUUGGCCAACAAACUUGCUGUAUUGCUCUUGUGAUUCACCCUAUUAUGGAAACAACCAACUGAGCCAAGAACAUCUGAAUGUACAAUAAGUCAUAUGUUGUUUUUUAAAAUAUAUCAUAUCAAAGAAAAUGAAUAUUUUGAGUAGUACUAUAUUAACUAUGCUCAUUACUAGUUAUCACAAAAGAUUGACAAAUUGACUUGACAAAUUGUGCAAAAGGUACUUUCGGUUCCAAGAAGUGACCGAUUGACCCUGAACUCAAGGAGCGCUCUUUCCGUAAUUACCAUGAUUAGAUCCAGAGCCUUCCUUUGCACUAUCUAUAUAGUAACUGCAAUAAAAUUGAA